AAACUAGUUCAUGAAUCAGUUAUAGUCUUUUGUUGCUUUUGUUUUUAUUUAGUCGUUGUUUUAAAAAAGUUGCUUGAACUGUAAGUUUAAAAUAGCACUUCUAGACUUAGUAUGGAUGCAACUGUGGAGGAAAAUGCGCCUAGUCAAACGAAAUCCGAAUGCAAAUUGGCCAAAUCGGAGGAGGCCGAGAAGCCCUCGAACAGCAUUGGACUGAUACCAAUUAUGAUAUUCCUGGCAGCCACGGUAACCACAGCGGUAGUGGUGGAACUCCUGCCUCAUGCCAGCAAAGUUUUUCCCUGGAUUCCUACAGAUUCCUCUGAAGAUCAACAGCAGCCGCCGCCCACUUACGCGAUCUUUGGACGGAGUCCCACGGAGGAGCACCUCGUGCACGUGGUAAAUGUGUUGGAUAAAUUCGGAUACCAAAGAGUGGGAGUCAACGAGAGCUGGAAUCUGUUGUGGGCCCACGAUUACCCUUUUCUCACAAUCCCAAGCCUUAAGAAUCUCGGUCAGCAUCAAGUGGUUAACCACUUUCCGGGAUGUGGCUACCUCACCAACAAAGUCGAUUUGUGUACCACCCAGCUGCCCUUUCUGCCGCGUGCCUUUCGACUGCCGGCGGAGAGGGAGGAGUUCCUGGACUAUGCCAGGGACAAUCCUGAAGCUCUUUUCGUUCAGAAGCACAACGAACACCGGCACAUAAAGGUGCGAGCACCGACAGACAUUGCUUUUGGAUCCAAUGAUUCGUUUGUCCAAGAGUUUGUCCAGCGACCCUUCCUGGUGGAUGGUCACAAGUUCGAUAUUGGAGUUUACGUGGUCAUCACCUCGGUGAAUCCCUUACGAGUUUACAUCUAUACGGGCGACGUUCUGUUUCGCUACUGCCCCGUGAAGUACCAUCCUUUUGAUCCCGAGAAUGUGGACAAAUACAUCGUGGGAGAUGAUUACCUGCCCACCUGGGAGGUUCCUUCGCUGCGAAAAUACUACAAUCGUUUUGGCGGCAGCAUGCGCACUGUUUUCGAGGCCUAUGUCAGAGAUCACGGCAAGGAACCAUCAAAAAUAUGGCCUCAGGUGGAGCACAUUAUCCGCACAACAAUAGCGUCAAAAGAAAAGGACAUCGUGAGCAUUUUGCGCUCCUACAAGACCCACAACUUCUUUGAUCUGAUGCGAUUCGAUCUAUUUAUUGACGAAGACCUGAAGGUCUUCCUCAUGGAGGCAAACAUGUCUCCCAAUCUUUCUUCAGCCCAUUUCAAGCCCAACUCGCUUUUGUAUGAGCAAGUACUGUACAGUGUGUUUAAUCUUGUAGGAAUUCGCCCAUUCACUGCUACAAGUAGAACUUCGUUUGCUGAGAGCAGCGAAAUGAUCACAGCCGAUAAAAACUUGGCUACUGAUUUAAACAAAUGCGCAGCUUACGAUUGUGAUAAAUCCUGCAACAAGGAGGAGUGUGAUCUGUGCCUACAAUGCCUCAGUGGAUCGGAGUACAAGAUGCUGCAGCAAGCUCAUCAGGAGCACUUGCAUCGCGUGGACAUGAAGCGCAUUUUUCCUCAACCGAUUCAGGAUCUUAAAAUCUUUAACCUUGUCGAGGAAACCACUAACAUGUCGAAGAAAAAUGCUUGGAUGACCCGUUGGUUCUAUAACAAAUGCCAAUUUGAUGCUGCCUGGUGCAACUAGAUAAUUUAACUUAAUAACCUCUUAGGCCCAGCAUUAGUUAAUUGGCCAUCGAUUGUACUUAGUUCAAAACUUACAGAACCACCUUGUUGGCAUAAUGUUUUUUAUGGCCAUACAGUCAGUAGUAUUCAAAGGCAAAUUAUAGUGCUUUAAGCUAGAGCCUGUUUUGCUCUUAGGUGCUUUUUAUUAACAACGAAAACAUGUACAAAUUAGAAAGGCCGUCCUUAAUUGGAUUCGAAUUCGUUUCUUCAGAAUACCUUAAGCAGAAAAAGCUAUAAUUUAUUAAAGGUAAAUAAAACAAAUGACAAUAUUGUAAUUACAAAUUUAAAAACAUGAUUUUCAUGAAGUGAAAUUAAAAUAAUUUAAAUUUAAGAAACUAUGCCUUCCUUCUUUUGAAAAAGACCAUGUGAUCAUAAAUAAAAAAUAAUGUUAUGUGAAUGUCAAUGAA